AUGUUGCCAAUUACAAUUUUCGCACUUUUCGUCAAAUUCUCCCACCAGUCAGUCAUCAAUGCUGAAAUGCAAGGCGGGUACCCGAAUGAGCCUGCUGCUAGAACGAUUGGAUUUGAUCCUUACUCGAAUGUGACACCUUUGAAUGGUCCAUCCAGCACUGGGUCACUCAAUUCCACAUCUACCACUACUAUGUCGACUAAUUUGCCGUCAAGUUCAACCUCCAAAGGAGAUGCGCCAGUGGUUGUCGUACCGUUAGCUGCUUGUUACUUGGCUUGUCUCUUGUUAUAG